AUGACGGUUGUAUACAUAACCAUUCUUCUAAUCUUCAUUGAUAGCUCUGUGGGAUUUCACCACAGCAAUGAUCUUGAAGAACAAUUGAUGGAACAAGAGAAGACUAUACAAACAUUGCUGCGGCUUUUGCAACAGCCUUGUUACUUGAUAAAUCCACGUCAAACGCGUCACCACAUACCGGGUUCUAUAUUGCCGAUGACUAUUCAUCAGAAGAAAGCUGAUGCAGGAAUAAAAAGAAAUAAAUAUCGCCCCUGGAGAAGAAAUCCUAUCUUUCGCUUUGGAAGUGACCGGAAGACCGGAAAAUCUAGCGAUUCUAAAUCUAUUGAGUCGGUUAAGAAAGUCUCUUCUGAUCCAGAGUUUGAUAACGAUUUUUAUCGAGCUUUGUCAAAGAUUUUGAAGAUGGAAAUCAACAGGCGCCCCGAAUUGAAAAAAGUUAUUGGAGAUGAUAUCAAGAAGAUAAAUAUUGGAAAAUCUGAGAUUUGA